CACCGCAAGAAGGAUUUUGGGCGGUCUCUCGCUGUAGGCGGCGUGGCGAUUUAUCUCACCGACAGGGGCUUAUAUGUAAACUGAGGCUAAACAAAUACAGAUGAACCUCAGAGCACAUUCACAAAAAAUACUGGCAAUUUUGGAUGGUUCAGAAGAUGCUCGGAAUCCACGGGAGCAACACGCGCCUGCACAUGCAGUCUAUUCUUGUUGUUAUAUAUAGGCCUCGUAAGCUUGUUGAAGCAUAUCUAUCAUUAGAAUCAGGGUGCUGCAUUGCAAAGGGACCUAUCCGACUUUGUUAUAUUGAUUCAAUUACAAUAGAAUAUUAUUAUUGUACUGUUGCGCAAUAUUACUACCUACAUAUUUCGUUUAUAAGGCAGUGGCACUGUUGGUUUUCAAUUGUGCACAGUGCGUAUUUGUGUUGAAAUGAGGAAUCCACAUCUACUCAGCGAUGGCUGGAAAACAAUCAAUGCAAAGGAUGCAACUGGGAAUAAAAAGUUUAAACGAAAAGGUCGGGACCCAAAACGUGUCACCAGUGAAGAAGUCCAAAGUUUCGCGGAUGAUUUAAGAGUGGAAGACGACUCUAUGGUGGAACUGAUGGAAGAUACAUGUAGAAACCGUGUCCAAAAAAGACUGCAGGACACUGGUACAGUUUUAUCUGUGGAGAAAUCGAUCAUUUCGUCUGAUAACCCGAAUAUUGCUAUUGACAUGAGGAUAAAUGCUUUACCAUCUACAGUUACUGGGACGCUCCCAUCACAGUCGCAGCCUUUAUCCGAGUCAACAUCAACAAGCAGAGACUCCUUUCACAGCACAUUCCCACAGGUUACAAGUUAUGACCAUCAACAGUCAUUUGUGUCUGAUCACACAUUACAGUCCCGGGUCGUCCAGUGCCAGCGCUCCGAGAGGUCCCUCUCCUCAGCUUCUCAGGCGUCCUACAUCAAUAGCAGCGACCUAAUGGAAUCGCCAAGGAAACGGCUGGGAGAAACGUCUGGCGUCAUCACUGAGAUCAGAGCCGUUCAGCAGACACGGAGGCUACUGGCUAAUGCCAGAGAGAGGACCCGGGUGCAUACCAUCAGUGCAGCCUUUGAGGCGCUGAGAAAGCAGGUGCCCUGCUACUCCUAUGGACAGAAGUUGUCAAAGCUGGCUAUAUUAAGAAUCGCCUGCAACUACAUCCUGUCGCUGGCUCAGCUUGCAGACCUGGACUACACCCCAGAUAACGGCAACAUGAGCUUCAGAGAGUGUGUGGAGCAGUGCACCCGCACCCUGCAGGCCGAGGGACGCUCCAAGAAGAGAAAGGACUAAAAUCAGUGGCGUGAACCAGACUUCUUAUAAACAAGGCCCUUGAAAUAAAGCAGCUCUUCACACCUCUUCUUGAGGUUCUUCAAGGCCCCUCCUGGGAGGGGACUACAAAAGCAGGCACUUAGACAUAUGAUGGACCUAAUUUCAUAGGCCUACUUGAUACCUUUUGAGCUAGCAGGCAUAUCAACAAUCACCAGUUAUGGAUAUCUUUCUGCCUGUCAUGUGUUGGAAUGAACAGUUGAAAGUGUGGAGACAGCAUUGGAUGUUCUUUAUGCAAACAUGCAAGCAUAUGCCUGGUGGAUGAUGUCAGAUUGUUUAAUCACACGACAAUGACAUUUUAGUCCUUUAGCAGAUGCUCUUAUCUUGAGCAUCUUACAAUAGUGAUCGCGUACAAUUUUCAUCCUUUUUUGUUUUCUGUACUGGUCCUCCAUGGGAAUUGAACCCACAACCCAAGUGCCAUGCUUUACCAACUGAGCCACACAGGACAAACUGAAGGCAGAGACAGCAGUGAUUAUAAGAGUUCAUAACUGAAAUUAUAACAUUUGUAUUCAACUAUAAAUCCCAAUGCCUUUUCAAUGAUGUACACGUUGUUUUCUUGACAGUAUGAUUUGUUAUUCCUGGACAAUGGAAACUAACUAUUGAAAGCGCUCAUACAUAUAUAUGACUAGAACGUAACGUGAAAUAAUAUGACAUACAGUAAUGGUAUUUUAUUCGGCAACUGUUUUCAUGUGUUGAAGAAUGAAUGAAGUAAAAUGGGUUAUUCUCUGCUACCUGUGCUCAGUAUUUAACAACAUCCCAUAUUGAUACAUUUAAAAGUGACCUCCCUUUCCUUUUCAGCAUGAACAUUCUCUGACUGUUGUUCUGUGCUCAUCAAGCACUUUCUAACCAGAUAUAAAGAAACUGUUGUUCAUGUAUUUGAAUGGAUAUUCAUGAUCAUUAAACACCUUUAAAUUAC